AUGCCAAUCCACAGCACGAUGAUGAUAAAUGGUGGCUCUAACGCUUUGGAUGCAAUCCGAUUUCAAGGAUUUGCCUUUCUCAAUAGCUUUUCCAAAUAUGCCUACCGGAUAUACUGUGCAAAGGGGGAUAACCCCAAGAUUAUGGGAGGCUACAGGCCAGGUUUAUAUAAAGAUGUGUUCAGCAUAGCUCCACAUAAUGGAAAUUUGACUCUUAAAAGACGGCUGGAUUAUGAGACACUGAGCUUUUACCAAUAUACCAUAGAAGCUGUGGACACUGGAAGCCCUUCUAAGACAGGGAGUGCUGAAAUUACAAUCAAAGUCACAGACGUUCAGGACACGCCUCCAAAUUUCCAGGGACUUCCGUACCUAUUUACGAUUACAGAAAAUUUGUUUUGGGUUACCGGGCUCGUUCACGUCUUUGUGAGUGAUGUGAAUGACAACGCACCGGAAUUCAAGAGACCAGCUUAUAUAUAUGAAAUACCUGAGAACUCGCCCUAUCCAUCAACCCUCGAUGCCAAUAUUUCAGCAACAGAUGCCGAUGAUGGUGUGAACAAGAAUUUUGCUUUCCGUUUAAAAGCUACAGGCCAGUCUUCAGAUUUAUAUGAAGGUGUAUUCAGCAUUGAUCCGAAUAGCGGAAAUUUGACUCUGAACACACCGCUGGAUUAUGAGACACUGAGCUUUUACCAAUAUACCAUAGAAGCUGUGGAUAGUGGAAACCCUUCUCUGACAGGGAGCGCUGAAAUUACAAUCAAAGUGACAGACGUUCAGGACACCCCUCCAAAUUUCCAGAGACUUCCCUACCUAUUUACGAUUACAGAAAAUUCGUCAUGGUCCGGGAGUGACAUCCUUGCCCAGGAUGGCGACAGGGGGAUUCCUCGUGACAUUCAGUACAAACUCAUUGAUUCAGACUGUUCCCAAUUGUUUAUGUUAAAUGGUACAACUGGAAAGCUUUCAAUAAUAGGAAAAGUGCUGGACAGGGAUACUGGCAUUGUAGCCGAAAGUCAGGGCGUAUGCAGGUUUCAAAUCGAGGCUAACGAAAUAUCAAACGCCGGGGAAAUAUUGAACUCUACCAACUCUACAUCCAACACCACAGUGACAGUGACGGUGGAUGAUGUGGACGAUAACGUCCCCACCUUCAAUCAGUCUUAUUACGAGGCGUACGUAGACGAGGGCGUGUCCAGCAUUCCCCUGACCAUCGUGGGGUCCGUCGGCAUAGAUGUAUUUGAUUUAGAUCAGGGAUCGAACAGUGAAUUCAGUCUAACAGUUGAAUAUACGAAUGGAACGAAAUGUGUUGGUGUUGAAGCCACACCCUCGAGUAUUAUCUCCCGAGCUACCUUCUUACUGAGACUCGUUAACGGUUAUAGAUUUGACUACGAAACAGAGCAGAGCAUUGAACUGCGUGUCGUAGCCAGGGGGAAGGUUAACAGUAGCAUGUCUGCUACAUGUACAGUAACUGUGAAUAUCAGCAAUACAAACGACAAUGAUCCAACGUUCAAUCAGACCGAUUACACCGUCACAAUCCCAGAAAAUCCGGAAACUGGAACGUCAGUAACCGUUAUUACGGCGGAAGACAAGGACCUUGGAGAAUACGGGGAAUUGAAUUAUACACUCAAGGGCUCUUCUCUAUUUGAUAUCAAUCACGAACACGGUACGAUUUACACGACCGGAAAUCCUGACGACCUUGACAGAGAGACUCGCGACACGUAUUAUCUGACGGUGGUAGCUACUGACGGAGGAGACAAGAGGGCGGUGGCCUCAUUAACAGUUACUCUCUCCGACGUUAACGACAACAGGCCCGAAUUUCUAUAUGAUACAGUGGAGAUGUCAAUUAACGAAAACACAACGAAAUUCACACCAAAUAUACUGAUCAAG